AUGUCCAAGGGCAACGCUGUGCAGCAGCUCUUCGAAAAAUUGGCGUAUGGAAAACCAGUAUUCGACUCUGACAGGGAUAUUUCAGCGACCGAUAUGAUGUACGUGAACAAAACCGGUGGUACUUGUAACUUAUCAAUUUUUCUCGCUCAACGUCACUUUGACCACGUGAUGUCAGCUGUUUUCCAAAAACAAAUCAUCACUUUGAACAAGAAGAUGCUUGUCGAUCAGAAGAUAACUAUUGGUCGAGUUUUGACACCUACUGAGAGAUGUGACUAUGAAACAUCCUGCGCUUGCAAAAGACUAAUAAUCAAGAAAAUGCUCGAAAAGAAGAAAGUAGAUUCGACUUCUCCUGUGUUUUUCGUCUUGGUCGACAAAAGGAAACUUUGUUUACGUAUUGAUAAAGAGUAUAUCACUGUGGGCGAUGCGUCUGUCCGUUUCGGCAUUAGUCUCGAUGAGAUAGAGGAGGAAAAGAGGAAACACUCGUCUACCGCGAAGGCGCGACCCGACAGAGGCGCAAACAAGAGACUCGCCGGGGCAGCUGUGGGUCCUGAUUCUGAAGCCGCGAAACUUAUUCCUUUGAACCGAGAAAGCAAUUAA